GACUCUCCGUCUCAAUCAAAACAAUCCGCCGGGAAAUAACAUAUCGUUGAAUGUGACAGAGGAAUUCAAACUACACAAUUUAGAAGUAUUCCAAGGAAUUUCCCAUGAAUCACCUGACGUGUAUUGAAUUUCAGAAUUCAACUAGCAGUAUGUGCUAUUAUUUCAAGAAACUUGAGUUGAUUAGAAUGAUUUGCUUCUAAUUUUUGGAUGUGAUGGUUUACGUGAGGAAUCAGAAAGUGGAAUUCAUUAUCACUAAAUUAAACGGCCAGAAUCUUUAAAUGACUCCAUGAUAUGAGACUUGACCUCAUGAGGCUUAUGCACACAACGGAGGCACAAGAGGAAGGUUCAUGUACACAAUAAACGAAACAGUACAAACAGUUCCAGAAAAGUCUGCCCAGUGACGGACCAGGACAACAGACCAGGAAUGUCUGACCAGGAAAGCAGAUUCCUUCAGUGGAAGUUCUAACGAGCACGAGAACGACAACAUUUCCAAAGACAAUCUCCCGAUGCACCUGUCUGACGAGGCUAUGCCGUAUCCGAGACCGGAGUCGCUAUUACCCGGCGAAUUCCGUCGGAAGCGGCGUGGAAAUCUCCCGAAAGAGUCCGUACGGAUCUUACGAAUGUGGCUAUAUGAGCAUCGUUACAGUGCCUAUCCAUCUGAGGAAGAGAAAGCCAGGUUAGCUGAAGAGGCCAAACUCACUCUCUUUCAAGUCAGCAACUGGUUCAUUAAUGCCCGUCGACGCAUCCUACCUGAUAUCAUCCGCAAGGAUCAUUAUCCUCGCAAGGAUUAUUAUCCUCGUCCGUACCCUAUCAAACGGAAUAUUGGUGUCAAUGUUCCCAGGUCUCCGUACCCUAUCAAACGGAAUAUUGGUGUCAAUGUUCCCAGGUCUGCAUCCACCUCCACUAUCACCAGCAGCAGAUCGAAUAGUUACAGUCGGUCCAUGGACUCCAAUAGCAGCCCGAUAUCGUUGACUGAUGACAGCGUCACCGACGCAGACGCUGAUAGCGAGGAUCCUGACAACAGUACUACGUCCACUGCUUCGUCUCGGAUCAGAUCGUCGCAAGAUAUCUAUAUUAUGAAACUGAAACACCGGCAGAGGACACAUGAGCAAAAACUGCGCACCAAGCCUCCCGAAACUGAUCUUCAGUGUACUAUGGUGCAUAAUCCAUCCUCUGUGAAAGGGGAGACUUCGCAUCAAAAUUCUUUUGAGGACAACCCCAAGGCACUAUAUUCCUCAAAAGAGGACUCUUCGCCUUCUCGAAAUUCUGAUAAUUCAACCCAAGAAACGUGGACUUCCUCCAACACGCCACCUUUGACGCCGCCUUCUUCAGUUGAUAGUUCGCUUACUUGUCUUUACAUUUUGGCAAAUGUUGCUUGCAAGGUUCGAGACCAAGAACUCCAAGCAAAAUCUCCCAGCGUCGAUUUAUGAGAAGUUAUUUUCUUCACAGUUUAUGUUUCAUUAAUUUAGUGCCUUAUGGAAAGCCAUCUUCAGAAACUUACACAUGCUAACCAUCUAUAGUUUACUCUUCCCAUUUUUUUAAAGACUUUAUUUCUUCUCCCAUUUUGGAAGUUCUUAUUAGUCAUAUUGUAUCUAGUUCAUAAUUUUAAGUUGGCAAAGUGUCUGGAGAAGUUGCUUUGAAAUAAAUACAUAUAUACAUAACUCAAUACAUUUUCUUCUAUUGCUUUUUCUUAAGCAAUAUGCUUCUCUGCAUAUUGAAAAUGCCUGCUUUCAUAAUGAUGAAUAUCCAAAUCAAGAUGUGAUUUGAAAUAGAUGCGUUUGUGAGUAAUGAUGUUAAAGAGAUUUGAUGAUGUGAGUAAUGAUGUUAAAGAGAUUUGAUGAUGUGAGUAAUGAUGUUAAAGAGAUUUAAGAAUUUUGAUGUACAAAAAUGUUUUUCUCCUGCGUAUUGUAAAAAUAAAAAUUGUAAUAAAUUGUAAUUAUAAUUGCGCAUUGUAAUA